UACAUAUUCAAAAUUGUAUAAAACAUGAUUUAGAGAUUAAAAGAAGUCUUGAUAGAUCUUUUUUACUUUGCAUCAAGAAAAAAAUUACGAGUUUAACUCUAAAGUAGAGACUAGUUAUUUAAUUUUUUUUUUUAAAUUAAAAUAUUCAAAUUUAGUCAUAGCUAACUAUUUUGAAUAUACAGUUUUGUUAUAAACUUUUUCUGGCCGAGUUUUUAUCAGUUACAGGUUAACAUGGGCACGCUUGUAAUGCGUGCCCGAUUUCCAAGGCAUUAGGAGAGACGUAUACAAAAGAAAGGCAUAAAGAAAGCUAUCAAUCAUGAGGAAUCAACAUAGAUUAUUUAACAACAUCCAGACAACAGUUGGAUUUGCUGAAACUCUAUAAAUUCUGUCUACAUCAUUCAACAGAUGCUGGGGAACUACAUUCAGUAAUUAUGAAUGAAACGAUGUAUAAAUCAAGUUCAAUUAAGGAUUGACGUCGUGGGUGUUUAUUCUGCAAUGAUAACAAUCCCAAAAUUUAUGUACCAAUUUUAUCUGUAAGAAACAUGAUGUUAAACUUGAUAAAUAUUAGAAAUCAAUAAACGUAAAAGAAUGAAAUAAAACUUAGAAUAAUGUAGUCAAUAAAUUUUAAUCUUGAGAAGAUGAACUAGAUCAAUCUAGGAUAAAUAGAUGCGAUAAUAGUCAAUGCUUCAUAAGUGAUAUCACUGUGUGUUGCUUGAACACCUGUCGAAAAUUAAUAUGACCAAAAGAAGGGGGAGACUAACCCAUUUCUAUGGAAACGCCAUGCUCGAAAACAUAAUUAUCAUUUGUACGUUUCAUGUAGUAGUUAUUUAAAUACGUUACAGCGAACUGGUUGAAACAAUUUAUAAAAAUAUUAUGGGUAUAAGUGAGAGAAUAUCUUAUGUAAGAAAUUUUAUAAAAUUGAAACAACAAGAAGAAAUUAUUGAAAAAGGUAAUGAAUUAUUUAUGAAUAAUCUAAAAAUUAAUCCGAGUAUUCUAAAGAAUUUAAAAGAAGAGUAUGAUUUGUGUUCUAAAGAAAGAAAUGAGAUACUAGAUCAACUACGUGGAAAAAUUUCUGAGUAUAAUUUAGAAUUUAAUAAAAUUCAAGAAAUUGUAGAUAAAUUUCACGAUGGCAAAGUUAUUGAUAUUAAUAGUUGCAAAACGAAAAUGGUUAAUUUCUUAGAAAAAUUAGACAAUUUUGAAGUAACUGAAGAAUUGGAGAAGUUAGAAAAAGAGCAAAAAGAACUUGAGGAUUUUUAUUAUGAAUUUAAAGCAAAUAUUGCAAAAAUAGAAGCUCAAAAACAGCUAAGAAUUAGAGAAUCCUUCGUAUCAUCUAGCAGAUGUUCAGCAAUAAAAAAAGAUUGUAAGCGUGAUACUACAAAAUAUGAAGAAAUUAAAGAUUUUGAAUCAUUAGUAUUUCAAACAGGUCAUACACAAAAUUGGAAAGAUGAAGAUCAUAGAUUAUUCAUAAAAAUUAGAAAUAAAUACCAUAAUAUUUCAGAGAUAGUUACAGAGUUUCAGAAAAAAUGUCCUGAUAUAUCAGUGGAACAAAUAGUUAAUCAUGAGGCGUGGUAUAAAAUUUAUUUAAAUUUGCGUGAAAAACAACGUUCUUUAGUGAAAGAAUGGCGUAUGAAGAAAGAGUUAGAAAAAAAAGAAAAACUUGAGGCUAUAAAAAAUACUGAAAAUAAAACUGGCUCCGAAAAAGCGGACACAAAAUGUGAGAUAAAAAAUAAUGAGAUUAAAUUUAAUUCUAAAAUAAAUGAAUCAACAAAAAUAUUUAGGUCUUGCGAAAAUACGAACGACUCUUUAGAUAAAAAAGAAUUGAUUAGACAGUGGAAAAUCUAUAAAGAGAAUAUGAAAAAAACAGAUGAAGAACAAAUGAAACGACAAAAGGAAACAGAACGUUUGAAAAAAGAGAAAAAAUUUCAUAUGAGAACAUUAAAAAUUAAAGAAGCAGUUCGUGAAUAUAAACAACAAAAAAUGAAAAAAAUAUCAGAACUAGCACUUUCUAAACAUAAUCAAAAUGAACAGACAAUAAAGACACCAAAAAUUAUUAAUAAUUUUAGAAAACGAGAUAAAAUAUUUAUUAAAAAAAGAUUAAAUUUAUUACAUUCAAAAAAUAACAGAAUUUUAAAAAAACAAUGGAAUAAUUUUGAUAACAAAUAUAUAAAAAAAUCAAAUACUCGUCGAUUAUCAGAUAAAUCGAGUUUAAUGAAACCAACUAUUAUAUGGAGUCAAAAAUGUAGACCAGAGUUUUCAGAAGACACGGGUCCUAAACCCGUAUUAUAUAUAAAAAAUAUUCCAAAAUCGUAUGUAAUAAAACUAAAUAAUACUGAUUCUGACAGACUAAUUAUUCAAAAAAUUUCUUAUAGAUCAAAUAAUUGGAGAAAUCAAGAUUCACUCACUUACUGAUUGAUGAUCAAUAUCACGUCGUCAAAUUAAUUUUAAAAUUUAUACAAUUCAAUUGAUAUAGUUUGAUCACAGAUUUUGUUUCGUAUACCAAUCUGGCAGAAAAACGUUUUCUGAUGAUGGUGAUUCUGUUGUUAACACAAUAUCUUUAUACGGAAUCCUCUCAAAUUUAUAGAUUGUGUGAUCAUAAUCAUAAACCACAGUUUUUGCAACAUAUUCUAAAAAUGCAUCACAAAAGUUCAUUACUUUUGAAGCUUUCCAGUAGUGCUAGUUGAAAAGAUAAUAAUUUUAUUACACAGAAUUAAUCAAAUAAAGAAUUUUUUCAUAUCGAUAAA